CGGUUUCUUGAUAGCUGAAGGCUGAACCCAAGCCUCAAAAUACACACAGCCAGAGCCAUGGCUAUCCUCACCUUCCCCUUAGUCAUCUCCUUUCUCAAGCCUCACGCUUCCCACCUCUCUCUCCUGCGACUAGCCAAGCCGAAUGCUAUCCCUCUCAAGGCUCCACCGUCGUUGAGCCGCCGCUGCUUCAGUCGAACAACCGCCUUUGCGGUGAACACUUCUUCAAUUCAACAAAAUUCCUCCACAAACGCCAGCGACGAGCCACAGAAAGCUUCAGUUCUCACAUUCCAGCAGGCUAUUCAAAGACUCCAGGACUAUUGGGCGUCGGUUGGAUGCGCAGUGAUGCAAUGCAGCAACACGGAGGUUGGAGCCGGGACUAUGAAUCCAUUAACAUACUUAAGAGUUCUUGGUCCAGAACCAUGGAAUGUUGCGUAUGUGGAGCCUAGCAUCCGGCCAGAUGAUAGUCGUUAUGGGGAAAAUCCUAACAGGCUCCAACGCCACACUCAAUUUCAGGUUAUACUAAAGCCUGAUCCAGGAAAUUCACAAGACCUCUUUAUUCGUAGUCUUUCAGCAUUAGGUAUUAAUGUUAGUGAACAUGAUAUACGAUUUGUGGAGGACAAUUGGGAGAGCCCGGUACUUGGUGCAUGGGGUUUGGGCUGGGAAAUCUGGAUGGAUGGGAUGGAGAUCACACAAUUCACCUACUUCCAGCAGCUGGAAGUCUUCAGUUGUCACCGAUAUCUGUUGAAAUCACAUAUGGCCUUGAGCGUAUACUUAUGUUGCUUCAGGUUUGAUUUUCAGGGUGUUGAUCAUUUCAAGAAAAUUCAGUAUGCUGAUGGGAUCACAUAUGGGGAGCUUUUCUUGGAAAAUGAGAAGGAGAUGAGUGCUUAUUAUUUAGAACAUGCCAGUGUUCACCAUAUUCAAAAACAUUUUGAUUUUUUUGAGGAAGAAGCUCGUUCCUUACUUGCUUCAGGACUGGCAAUUCCUGCGUAUGACCAACUUCUGAAAACGUCUCAUGCUUUUAAUAUCUUAGACUCUAGAGGCUUUGUUGGGGUAACAGAGCGUGCUCGUUAUUUCAGUCGCAUGCGCAGUUUAGCUCGUCAAUGUGCCCAACUCUGGUUAAAGACACGAGAAUCUCUAGGACAUCCUUUGGGUGUUGUUUCUGAAUCUGUCGAUCAUGUAUGUCCUAAAGAGGUUCUGGAGGCAGCAGCCAAAAAGGUGCAUCAUGAUCCAAGAUUAUUUGUUCUUGAAAUUGGGACUGAAGAGAUGCCACCUCAUGAUGUAGUUAACGCAAGCCAGCAGCUUAAAGAUUUAAUGUCUGAGCUGCUGGAGAAACAGAGGUUGAACCAUGGUGGCAUACAGGCUUUUGCAACUCCUCGCAGACUAGUGAUAUCUGUUGAGAGUCUUUGUCCUAGGCAAACAGAGAAUGAGGUUGAGGUUCGGGGGCCUCCUGUUUUGAAAGCCUUUGACCAACAAGGAAAUCCUACAAAGGCUGCUGAGGGUUUUUGCCGCAGAUAUGCUGUUCCAUUGGACUCCUUGUUCAGAAAGGUUGAUGGGAAAACAGAGUAUGUGUAUGCUCGUGUCAAAGAAUCUGCUCGAGUUGCUUUGAAGGUUUUAUCUGAAGAGUUGCCUGGAAUCCUUGCUAAGAUAUCUUUCCCAAAGUCAAUGCGUUGGAAUUCCCAGAUCAUGUUCAGCAGACCUAUUCGUUGGAUUAUGUCCCUCCAUGGAGAUGCAGUAGUUCCGUUUACGUUUGCUGGGAUUUUGAGUGGAAACUUAUCUUUUGGUCUUCGUAAUACUUCAGCGGCUACUGUUAUGGUAGAAAGUGCAGAAUCUUAUCCUACUAUAAUGAAAAAUGCUGGAAUCGGUAUUGAAAUUGAGGAUAGAAAGAAGAUAAUUUUGGAUCACUCAAAUUUAUUAGCAAAAAGUGUGAAUGGGAACGUUGUUAUUCAGGAAAGCUUGCUCAGUGAGGUUGUAAAUCUUGUUGAGGCACCUGUUCCAGUGCUUGGAAAGUUUAAAGAGUCCUUCUUGGAGCUUCCAGACGAUCUUUUAACUAUGGUUAUGCAGAAGCACCAAAAGUAUUUUGCCAUUACUGAUGAUAAUGGAAAGCUGUUGCCCUACUUCAUUGCAGUGGCAAAUGGAGCAAUCAAUGAGAUGGUGGUGAGAAAAGGAAAUGAAGCUGUUCUCAGGGCUCGCUAUGAAGAUGCUAAAUUUUUCUAUGAGCUGGAUACACGUAAAAAAUUUGUGGAUUUUCGUCAUCAAUUAAAAGGAAUUCUUUUUCAUGAGAAAUUAGGAACAAUGCUGGACAAGAUGAUGCGAGUCGAAAACAUGGUUUUCAAACUAAGCAUGUACUUGGGCGUUAAAGAAGAUAUGCUUCAGAUUAUUAAGGAGGCAGCAUCACUUGCUAUGUCAGAUCUUGCUACUGCUGUUGUCACUGAAUUCACUCCGCUCUCUGGCAUAAUGGCCCGUCAUUAUGCUCUUAGAGAUGGCUAUUCAGAGCAGACUGCUGAGGCCUUGUUAGAGAUCACACUUCCUAGGUUUUCUGGAGAUUUGCUUCCAAAAAGUGAUGUGGGAAUAGUUCUGGCAAUAGCUGACAAACUAGAUAGCCUUGUUGGCUUAUUUGCUGCUGGCUGUCAGCCUAGCUCUACUAAUGAUCCAUUUGGCCUACGAAGAAUCUCUUAUGGCCUAGUCCAGAUAUUAGUGGAAAAGAAUCAAAAUAUGGAUUUGAAACAUGCUUUGGAACUUGCUGCUGAUAAUCAACCCAUUAAAGUUGAUGCAACCACAAUAGAGGAUGUACAUCAAUUUGUUACACGGAGAUUGGAGCAAUAUCUGGUUGAUAAGGGAAUAAGUCCAGAAGUGGUUCGUUCCACCCUUGCAGAGCGUGCAAACUUGCCUUUUCUGGCUGCUAAAACAGCAUGUAAAAUGGAAGCCUUGUCAAAAGGCAAUCUUUUCCCCAAGGUUGUAGAAGCAUAUUCUCGUCCAACUAGAAUUGUCCGUGGAAAGGAUGUGGAUGCUGAUAUGGAGGUGGAUGAUGCUGCAUUCGAAACAAAUGAAGAGAGAGCUUUAUGGGACACUUUAUUGUCUGUUAAAAACAAAAUUCACCCCGGUGUUGAGGUUGAUGAUUUCAUUGAAAUAUCGUCAGAGCUUGUACAACCCCUUGAGGAUUUUUUUAAUCAAGUAUUUGUGAUGGUGGAAGAUGAAACAAUUAGAAAGAACAGGCUUUCUUUGCUUAAGAAAAUUGCAGACCUUCCAAAAGGUGUGGCAGACUUUUCAGUUUUGCCUCGAUUCUAAAUUUUGACAGCCAAAAUACUUUCCACAUUCAUUAAACAUCAGGUGGGUAAAAAGAGGAAAAUUAUCGCGGAUUUAAUAUUUUUGAUGUUGCUUUGUAUAGAAAAAUAGGCAAAGCUUGUAAUUUUAUGUAAUUCUAUGCUAUUUAUGCAAUUUACAAAUGCAAAAUAAUUAAAAAUAAGGCAAUCCACUUCUUAUUCCAGGGAAAAAAAAAGGAAAGAGAAGGGUUUGCCAAGUUCAUGUCA